UAAUCGAACAAAAUUAAUGGGAGGCCAAAUGGGAUCAUCACUCCCGGAGCAAAACAGAGAGAAGCUUCUGUGGCAGUCAAGCGACGUAGUAGUAGCCGCCGAUGGUCGUGACUCCAAGUUCCGGUGUUGCUCGUGGAGGGCUCUCUACGAGGCUCCGGCUAAGCUGUACGCGUUGGGACAUUCUGAUCGUCGGAAGCUUUACUUCUCUUUCAAGAUGGGUUUUGCUCUUGCUCUCUGUUCUUUUCUCAUCUUCCUCAAAGAGCCACUUCAAGAUGCUAGUAAAUUUGCUGUUUGGGCUAUCCUCACUGUUGUUCUCAUUUUCGAGUAUUACGUUGGAGCAACUUUGGUUAAAGGGUUCAAUAGAGCUUUAGGAACAAUGUUAGCUGGGGGACUUGCUCUUGGCGUCGCGCAGCUCUCUCUUUUAGCAGGAGAGUUUGAAGAAGUCAUCAUUGUAAUCUGUAUAUUCCUUGCAGGUUUUGGUGCUAGUUAUUUGAAACUCUACGCGGUCAUGAAACCAUACGAAUACGCAUUCAGGGUGUUCAAGUUGACAUAUUGUAUCGUUCUUGUUUCCGGAAACAACUCAAGAGAUUUCUUAAGCACUGCUUAUUACAGGAUCUUGCUUAUUGCUCUUGGUGCAACCAUUUGCUUGGUUGUGAAUGUAUUUCUAUUUCCGAUAUGGGCCGGGGAAGAUCUCCAUAAACUAGUGGCGAAAAAUUUCAAGACUGUGGCAAAUUCCCUAGAAGGAUGUGUUAAUGGUUACUUACAAUGUGUGGAGUACGAGAGAAUACCUUCGAAGAUUCUCACGUACCAAGCUUCAGAUGAUCCAUUAUACAGCGGUUACAGAUCCGCUGUUCAAUCCACAAGCCAAGAAGAUUCUUUGCUUGAUUUUGCUAUAUGGGAGCCUCCUCAUGGACCUUAUAAAACGUUUAAUCAUCCUUGGAAAAACUAUGUCAAACUCAGUGGUGCAGUAAGGCAUUGUGCUUUCACUGUCAUGGCAAUGCAUGGAUGCAUUCUUUCAGAGAUACAGGCAGCUCCAGAGAAGAGACAGGUUUUUAGUAACGAGCUUCGUAGAGUUGGUAACGAAGGAGCAAAAGUGUUACGUUUGGUUGGAGAAAAAGUUGAGAAAAUGGAGAAGUUAAGCCUAAGCCUCGGAGAGAUUUUGAAAGACGUUCAACGUGCAGCUGAGGCACUACAAAUGAAGAUAGACAAUAAAUCCUACCUUCUUGUCAACUCAGAAAGCUGGGCAGCUAUUAAAGAGCAAGCUGAAGCGGAAGAAGCUCGAGAAAAUGACCAAGAAGCCAAAGACGACGAGACCAAAGUGAUCAAAUCCUUAAGCCAGAUUUGGGACAACAACAACAAUCAUCAGAGUAAUGACCACUCUCAGAAUUGGGGGUCAACAGAGAGUAUGAUGUUCAAGAACCGGGAGAUGUGGCCAAGCAUGUCCUUCAUUGACGGUACUGUGGCAAAUGAGAUCGAAUGUAAAGUAUACGAAAGUGCAAGUUCUUUGUCCCUAGCUACGUUUGCUUCCCUCCUGAUAGAGUUUGUUGCAAGGCUGCAGAACAUUGUCAAUGCCUUUGAGGAGCUUAGCACAAAAGCUGGCUUCAAAGAUCCUGUCGAUCAGAUUCCUAAGGUGUGAACGUGUGUGAAAGAUGUGAUCCUAAAGUGAUGCCACCUUAUUGUGAAUGUUGUAAGUGAUUUGAAAGUAUAAUAAUUAAUAUAAAAAAAUU